GGAUCGGCGUGGUUUUUUUUUUUGAGGAGACGGUAGCAUGCCAUGGAGGGCCUUGCGCCUGCAUGCUAGAAACCUAUCGCAAUGGAGUCGACCACGCCUCCUAGACGUCGCCCCCCGACGUCCAGCCGGUCGGCGUGUCCAAGUGCGACGUGAAUCGACAUCCACCAAGCAAUCAUUAUCGACCGACUCCUCCGACGCCAGCACCCAAGGCCGGCGCCAACACGAUGAUCAGCAAAGCAGUAACGUCCCGUCCUACGACCCGGACAGCUCCAGCUCACUCGCCGACGUCGGCCGGCUCAUCGUCAGCGACUACGCGCAUCUUCGUGCCCACUACAUGACGCCCAAGUAUCCGAUCGUCCUGGCCCACGGCCUGAUGGGGUUCGACGAACUCCGGCUCGCGGGGGAUCUGUUGCCCGGGAUCAGCUACUGGCGCGGGAUCAAGGAGGCGUUCCAGGCGCGGGGGAUCCAGUGCAUCACGACGACGGUGCCCCGGACGGCCUCGAUCCGCGAGCGCGCCGAGGUGCUGAUGGACCAGAUCGCGCAGAGGGUAUCCGAGGCGGCCAAGGGGGAGGAGGGGCGUGGCGGCGGCGGCGGCGGCAGCGGCAGGGAGGUCAACAUCAUCGCGCACAGCAUGGGCGGGCUGGACGCGCGAUACAUGAUCUCGCGCCUGUGCCCGCCGCCGUCGCUGUUCCGGGUGCGGUCGCUGACCACGGUCGCCACGCCGCACCGGGGCAGCUCCGCGGCCGACAUGCUGAUGCGCGACAUCGGCCCGGACCUGCUGCCGCGCAUCUACCAGCUGCUGGCGCGCAUGGGCGUCGACUCGGCCGCCUUCGCCCAGCUGACCACCGCGUACGUCACGCAGCGCUUCAACCCGCGCACCCCCAACGACCCGGCCGUCAGGUACUUCUCCUACGGCGCCAGCGCCACCCCGCACCUGUUCUCCAUGUUCCGCCUGUCGCACGACCUCAUGGACGUGCUCGAGGGCCCCAACGACGGCCUCGUCAGCGUCCGCAGCGCCAAGUGGGGGGAGUACAAGGGCACCCUGGCCGGCGUGACGCACCUGGAUCUGAUCAACUGGACCAACCGCCUCAAGAAGAUGGCGAGCCGACUGGGCCUGGUGGAGGAGAAAUUCAACGCCGUGGCCUUUUACUUGGCCGUUGCAGAGGAGCUGGCGAAGGAAGGGUUUUGAAAGGGACCGGGAGGGAGAGUAACAGAGUGAAGAGGGAACAUGGCGAAAUCUGUACUUUUAGGCUGGGGUGGGGAUAAACGGAAUCGAACAUAUGUAUUCAUACGGCGUGCAUCUCAACAUGGGUCAGUGAGCGGGAAGACCAACAUGACAAGGCUCGAGCCGGGAAUCACGAAAGGCUACUAGAAAAGCAGCGACAUAUGAUGUCCUCCUUAGGGCGGAUAGUCCUUUCGGGACCAAGUUGAAUCAACAUGCUGUAUAGCA